UCAGUGAAAAUGUUGACCUAGGUUUACUUAAGUCUCUUACCUCUGAUCCAGUGAUCCAUGAUCAAAAUGGAGUUGUCGGGGAUAAUAGAUCACAUAAGAAAAAAGGAAUAGAUAAACUCAAGCACAAAUUAUUCAAUCCCCUUUUGGAAUCAGAUAGUCCAAAUAAUUUACCUAUAGAUCAAGUGACCAAAAUUGCUGAGACGGCCCAUUCUGAAAAAAUCUUGCCCAUAUCUGAAGAAAAUUCAUCAUCCACAUCUCAAAUCGCUUCAGCUAAGGCAGACAAUGAUGACGAUGAGUAUUUUUAUUCUGAAGAUGGGGAAGUGAAAGAAGCGAAUAAAGAGUCAUGA